AGUGGCUAGUGCAACAUUUUAACGUCAGAUUCCUUCGUGCUGGUUUUGGAACUCGGAAAGCGACAGACCGAAAACUUAAAAGUAUCUUACGAUGGCUUCUCUAGCAAACAAGGGUUCCUCUCUGGUGUCGACGCUGCUGAACCAGGCUCGGCCAAAGUUCAACGUAUUCAUGAAGUACGCCAAAGUUGAGCUGACGCCACCCACACCAGGAGACAUCCCAGCCAUCCGCGACGGAAUCGCUCGCAUUGUUUCGGGAGCCCGCACCGGAGCCUGGAAGAACCUGACUGUGAAGGAAGCCUGGUUGAACACUUUGGUCACCGCCGAAGUUUGCUUCUGGUUCUACGUCGGCGAAUGCAUUGGCAAGCGCCACCUGGUUGGUUAUGAAGUCUAAAUCGAUAAAAACCUCCGGUGAAUACCAUCUACAAGCUAGGUAGGGUCGAAUCAGUUAAAAACCCGAAAGGAAGUGAUGGAUCUUGUAAGAAGAAAACAUUUCGUUCGAGUCGAUAAAUAAUUACUACUGUAAAAACAAA